UACCGGUAGGGGGCCUCGGCUCCUUGCUGUGUCGUCCUCAGUCUCCUCCCCCAGAGUGUGAGAGUAGGAGUAAGUCGUCCCCUUCAGCAUCUAGUGAAGCCGUGCAGUGGGCGGCAGCUCUCCCAUGAGGACAAACAGAGAUAGGUUGCUUAAGACACUCCCCUGGCUGGGAGUGGUGCAGCCAGCCUAUAACCCCACCCACCAGGCUGAGGAGGAGGAGGAACACGGAGCUGCCCAAGCUGAUCCCUUCAAUCUUCCCCACAGUGUGGAGCAGCCGGCAGCGCGCACACACACUCACACACUCUCACACAGCCACACACACUCACACUCACUCUCGCACACACACUCGCGCGCGCAACAAAGCAGGCAGUCGAGGGAGGCGGGUAAUAAAGAAAAGAACAUCACAGAGGAAAAAAAACAGUGUUGCUGCACCUGGACUUUUCGGAUACUGCAGUCUGCCUGGAGUUUGUGCCGUUUCCUGCGUGCCUCGUAACCUCACGGCUCACGUCUGGUCCUUCCUGCGGAGGGUUUGAGUCCCGUCAGCUGCGCUUGCAGAGAUCCAAAUCCGACGACUGUCUACAUUGCCGCUUUGUGCAUCCGCCAGACGGGAACAAAGUGUGCGACUGGGAUAUCUGACAAGCUCCUCUGGGAACCGACGCUACACCGACUGUCAGAGAGAAAGAGAGAGAGUGAGAAAGAAGGAGCUAGAUAAAUACAAAGAGAGAGAGUCAAAGUCAGGGCAUGAGCAGGAGACUAGAAGCCGGUUUUCCGGAGAAGUGAUCGCCACAGUGCCCCCUCCUCUUCCCUCACCUCCUUCCUUCCUUCUCUCCUCUCUCCUGUGCCGCUGCUCCUUCUUUCUUCGCACACACCUCCGCUGCUAUCCCAUCCUCGUACCUCAGCUCUCCUUCCAUCACCUCCUCCUCCCCUGCUCUCGAAGACGGCGUUAAGAAGAGAGGCACGGCACGCGCACACUUGCCCGUGUUCCGUAUCAUCUCAUUCUCUCUCUUCAUCCUUCCUCUGGCUCCGUCCCUCACGCGGAUCUAGCCUCUAGCCGCGGAACCACAAGCGGAGGCUUUUUGAGUUGUUGGAUCCCACACGCGAGUCUCUGUAUCCAGCCACAGCCAGAAGGAUUCCAGCUACAUGGGCAAACGCUUGGAACAGCAACCAAUGUACCCCCAGUACACUUAUUAUUACCCUCACUACCUUCAGACUAAGCAGUCAUAUGCCCCGCCCCCUCCACCCAUGGCUCCGCCCAGCCCCAGCACCAAUAGCAGCAGCCACAGUGCAGCGGAGCAGCUCAGUAAAACCAACCUGUACAUCCGGGGCCUUCCGCCUGGCACCACCGACCAGGACCUCAUCAAACUCUGCCAACCGUAUGGAAAAAUAGUGUCAACAAAGGCAAUCUUGGACAAAAACACCAACCAGUGCAAAGGAUAUGGCUUUGUGGAUUUCGACAGUCCGGCGGCGGCACAGAAAGCUGUAGCGUCCCUGAAGGCCAGUGGAGUGCAGGCACAGAUGGCAAAGCAACAGGAGCAGGACCCCACUAACUUGUACAUCUCCAACCUCCCGGUUUCAAUGGAUGAACAAGAGCUGGAGAACAUGCUGAAGCCCUUCGGACAUGUCAUCUCCACACGGAUACUCCGGGAUGCCAAUGGGGUCAGCCGAGGGGUCGGCUUCGCCAGAAUGGAGUCCACCGAGAAAUGUGACGUGGUGAUUCAACAUUUCAACGGAAAGUUCCUCAAAACCCCACCAGGAGUACCAGCCCCGACGGAGCCGCUGCUGUGCAAGUUUGCAGACGGAGGACAGAAGAAGAGGCAGAGUCAGAGCAAGUAUCCUCAAAACGGCCGGCCGUGGCCUCGGGAAGGAGAGAGUGGCAUGGCGCUGACCUAUGACCCCACUGCAAUGCAGAACGGGUUCUACUCCUCGCCAUACAGCAUCUCUACAAACCGCAUGAUCGCUCAAACGUCAAUCACUCCAUUCAUCGCUGCCUCUCCUGUCUCCACAUAUCAGGUCCAGAGUACGUCGUGGAUGCCUCACCAACAGUACGUUAUGCAACCUACGGGUGCCGUGAUAACGCCAGCCAUGGACCACACCAUCUCCAUGCAGCCCGCUAACAUGAUGGGACCCCUCACCCAGCAGAUGAACCACCUGUCCCUGGGUACCUCCGGCACUUACAUGACUGCGGCUGCUGCUCCUAUGCAGGGGACCUACAUUCCCCAGUACACUGCGGUGCCUGCCUCAGCUGUCUCAGUGGAGGGAGUGGUGACGGAGGCUUCUCCACAGAGCGUUCCGCCCUCGUCGCAGGACGCCAGCGGUCAGCAACAGCCUCUGGGCGUGGACAACGCCAGCGAUCACGCGCCCACCUACACUUUUCAGCCCGCUAAAUAACCAGAGGAGGAGGGGGGGCGUUGAGGUGACUGCGUUGCCUUGAGACUGGGGGACUGCAACGAGGGAACAUUGAAGACAGAGCGCAAGAGAUAGGAAAACACGUUUGUGUCUACUUUUGCACAAGCAUCUAAAAAAAAAAAAAAAAAACAACUACAACGAACAGACAAUUUAUUUAACACCUGGCCCACACCGGAGGACCUUUGGAGAACUCACAACCAGACCGGAAACGAGAGAAAUGCAGUCUGGGAGAUGGAGCCUACUGUUAAUCGGCUACCCGAAAACUUUACCUUCAUGAAGUGAACGAAUUCAAACAAGUACAAGUUUUCCUAUUCUUUUUUUGAAUGUGCAGGUAGGUUUUCAGAAACAGUGGGUUUUUCUAUUAGACGAGGAAGCACGUUCUUGUAAAACAAUGAGAGAAGGAGCAAAAGAAGUCUUCCUCGGAUUCUAAGCUACUAUUACUUUUCUUUUUUUAUGAGUUAGAUUUUAGUUUUCUAGAGAAUAUCAAUGUUUUUUCAUCUUUGUUGCCUUAAUUUCAAGAAACAUCUAAGACUUUUUCCUGUUUGAACUGAACAGACUGACGAAUGCAGUGAAUAUGACCUGACAAAGAAAGGAAAUUACCUGUAUAAAGCCUAGAAAGAGGGAGAGAGAGAGAGAGAGAGAGAGAGAGAGAGAGAGAGAGAGAGGUCUCCUGGAGACGUUUUAAAUUAUCAGUGGUGACUUUAUGUUUAAAGGAGAGGACAGACAAAAAAAAAAAUAUUGUGGUCAUAAUGAUGAUGAUGAUGAUGAUGAUGAUGAUUAAAGAGAGUUGCAUUUUUUAGAAACAGAGGAAAAAAAUGUUAAUCCACUGCAUCAUGGGAAAUGCAGUUUAUUGUGUAGUGCAGAUCAUUUUUAAUGGCAUUAUUGUUUUUAUCUGCAAUAUUUUUUAUGAGCUUUAAGGUGUUUUUAGCCUGCUUUGCUUGUUUCAUUGCGGAAAAAAAGAAAUCUAAAACAGUCAAAAAAAAAAUGGCAGUGCAAAUCUAAAUAGAUAAGAGCUUAAGGAUUAAAUCAAAACGAAAAAAAGCAAAUGUGUGCAAAAAGCAAUAGUAAUAGGAAAUUGUUGACAAUUUCUUUAGUCUUUCUUAGCUGUGGAUCAAAUGCAGCCCAUGGAUGGCAUAUUUUAUACCAAAGAUGAAGAAACCCCCCUCAAGACAGUGGAGUGGAUCGAUUCUUUUCAUUUCUUUUUUUCUAUUUGAGAUUUCUUGGCGUAAUCAUUUGGUUUCACAAGUAUCCGUUUGACCUUGACGGCCGAACUGGUGCUUUAGGGUUUAAACUUCCUUCCACUGUUGCAGAAUCUAUGUCAAUUGUUCAGUUGAGAGGCAGAAAACCACCAUCACUGAUUCUCAUGAGUGUGAUCUCCCCAGCAGAGGGCAUCAGAGAGCGGCUGAACCAUCAAUCAUCUCCCGUCUGCCCCGGCUGAAUGAACUAUACCUCUAUCGCUGCACCUUCUCAGUCGCUAUUAAACACGUCGCACGUCCGUUCAUUUCCAGACCGUUUUCAUCAUUUCAGUUCAACAGGAAGGAAUCAAAGCACUCACUAGUGUGUAUUUUAACUCUGUGUACAGAUCACUACCUCAUCGAAAGCAAUUUUACCAUGAGGAAACACAGGAGAAUGUGUUGCAGGUCAUGAAACACAAGCUUUGCUUCAGGGGCGCUGAGAAACGUUCGCAAUUAGCAGCAUUAGCAUAACACUCCCGUCCGCAUUUGCAGUCGCGUCAAUCGAAAUGCCUCAUAUUUUAUGCAAGGUUUCCUUAAUCAACCGGAUGCCAUAGGAAAUCUCUCGUGAUAAAUGGCGGUCUUUACUUGAAAAACAAAGGCUCUGUCCCAAAGCCCAUGCGACACAUUUUGGUGGCGUAAUCCUAAAAUGUCGCGACACGUUAAGGCCUCGUGGAUGCAGGGCGACCAUCGCGAACACUCAUCAAAUACACAACAUUUGGGACAGAGCCUAGGGUUUCCCAUCUUGGUGGGAUUCGGCGGUUGCUCAGGUGCCUUGACAGCUCGGAAUUAGGGUUAGAAAUAUCGCGCGUGACAUUUCGACCUUCCAUAUCUGAAAUCUGCUUUCUUUUUUAUCAGGCUGCCCAUUCCAGAGGGGGGAAACUAGCAAAUAGAAGAGUAGAAAGGGGAAACAUUUAGUCCGUCCAAAAAUAAAAAUUCUGUCAAAAUGAAGAACGAUGUUAACUAAACAUGUUUGGCUCCCAUUGACUUGCGCUGUACGGACAAAGGAUACAAUAAAAGUCAAUGGGACCUGAAACUUUCCAGUUACCCUACAAUCGUUAAAAUGUUUGUAAUCUGCAGAGUAUUCUGCCCGACAUGAGUGCAUGACAGAAUUGAUAUUUUCAGACGGACUGUCCUUUAAUAUAAAAACAAGGCUGCUGUCCUUAAUUUACCAUGAAGUAGAUGUUAUUUUGAUGCAAUCUGAUAGGAAAGUGCUAUAUUAACACGUCAACAAAGAGUUUCAAUACACAUGGUGUAUUAUGGACUGUCUUCGCUGCCUUCAUGGUCAUACUGCUCAUAAAUACGCCUCCUAGUUUUACAAUCGGGUAAUUAGAGUUGUCGAGGUGCUCUGGGAAUAAAUUCAUCAGUCUUCGAAGGGCCUUUAAACGUCAUCAUGAACGCUUUGGUCUUUUAUCCCCCGUAUUCCUACAACAUGACCUCUAUACAACUACAUAAUGAUCUCAAUUAGCCACUAGGGGACAGUAUUAAAGCAAAGUUGGUGUACUUUAUCCUCUGUGAUGACCAUUGCAGUGAGAUAUGACAUUGUGCAUUAAAGCGAAGCCAAGUUCGUAACGACCAAGACUGAACUGCUUCAAUAAGGACAACAAGCUAGCUUUUCAUUUUCACCUGUUUAAACAACAACAAACAAAAAAAAAUUACAAAAAAAGUCACUGUGUUUUGUGUCUGUUAUCCACUGUCUUUUUGGAGAGUUCUUUUUAUCAUGUGCUCGCUGCUAUCAAGCAUUCAGUAUUUAAGUGGUCAGGGCCUCGGGAACGGAGAGGAAUUCGGGCUGAUGUCUCGUAUGAGAGGUGAGCGUUAUACACUCUGCAGCCUUCAUGCUUUUCAUUAAAGAGUGAAUAAAUGUGUCCGAUUAAGCUGAAGGUUUUUCUGACUGUAGGAUGGAGUUCUCAUCCAAACUGUAAUUUAGUAAGCUAAACGCCUUUCAUCCACUCGAAGGUUUUUGCUGGCUAGAAACUCUGUGCUCCCAUUCGUUGGAUGUGAGGUCCAAGCCAUGCAUUUUUAUCUGUACAUCUGAUUGGCUGUCACGGUUGAGGUCAUUGAAUGACGAAUGUUCGCUCGUUCGUUGGACUGUCAGGAAACGGCGUACUACGUUCAACCAAAUUCAACACAAACGGCAAAACCUCAAUUAGACAAUAACGUACUGGCAGAUGAAAUAGAGAAAUAUUUAUGGAAAUGUUUUUUUGUACAGGUGUUGUUGAAAUAUGAAAGCGGAACAGUUUUACGAUGCUACGUUGAUUUCUUGAGUUGCUUCACUUUCUUGCCUCCCAUGUGCUCGAGCUGUGAUCCUGAGAGUGUCUGUAGACCAGUGGAUGUUAGGUUUAAACUUCUGUUUAUUUUUUCUUUUGAUGAAGCUUUCAAUAAAAAAAUCUACAAAAUCACGCCAC